UUUUAAAAACCGAUGUAAACAAAUCUUAAAAUAUUUCCGACUAAAAACAUGAUUUUGAAGUGGUUUGUGUAAAUACACUGAUAAAAAUGUCUAGUGAAGAAGGUGUUAGAGCCACCAAUGAUGACGCGUCCCAGUGUAAAAGAUUUGCGGUUGACAAGGGCUAUUGGACCGACCAUUACAUUUCGAUGUUUACUCCAAAACCAAAACAGACCCAUGCACCAGAGAUUAGCAUUGGUUAUUAUGCUAGAGUGAAAGGGCUAAGACUGAUUGUUGAAAAGUUUAUUGCGCUGACAAAAGGAAAGUGUCAAGUGGUUAGCCUUGGUGCGGGGUUUGACAGCUUGUACUGGAACUUGAAGGAUGCAGGAACCAAUCCUGUCUCGUACAUCGAGGUUGACUUCUCAGCAGUUACAUCCAGGAAAAUACAGUAUAUAAGACGAUCACAGGACCUGUUGCAGAAAAUCACAAGCGAAGAUGAUGACAUUCAGUUCAGCAGCACAGAUUUGUACAGUAAAGACUAUCAUCUGAUUGCAGCUAACCUAAAAAACUUAAACGAACUUGAUCAUAAGUUCAAAGAGUGCGGGAUAGACAAAUCCUUGCCUACACUCUUCAUCGCGGAAUGUGUCUUAGUGUACAUUGAAAAAUCUGAUACAGAUAAUUUGUUUAAUUGGAUAACAAAAAACUUUCCAACGGUAUUACUUAUCUAUUAUGAGCAGGUGAACAUGGGUGACAGAUUUGGUCAGAUUAUGAUGGAGAACCUACGUUCUAGAGAAUGCAUGUUACAUAGUGAAUAUUGUGCCAGUCUACAAACUCAAAUUAAAAGGUGCAUAGACCAUGGUUUUGAAGGUGCUGAUGCCAUGGAGAUGAGGCAUGUGCUAUCAAGUCUUCCUCAGGCUGAUGUUCAGAGAGUGGAGAGGCUCGAGUUUUUAGAUGAGAGAGAGUUGUUAGAUCAGCUGAUGAGCCAUUACUGUUACUGCUGGGCGUAUAAAGACGCAAACAAAAUUGGACUCGAGGAAAUCGAUUUCUCAUGAUUUUUGGUGUUUAUACCUCAAUGCUUUUUGCUGUGAAAUAAUCUCUAUGACCUAGGUCGUACUCGUCACAAAGUGUUGAUAUCAAGAAUUAAGAUUGCUUUAAAGUGCUCACAAAGAAAUAAUCCAGAGAAUACAGUAUUUUUGUGUCGCCUCUACAGAGUAGUGGCGACAUAUAGGGAUCACU